CUUCGUCGAGGUACUGCCACGGUACCACCUAGGGAUCCAGCUUCCUGGGCCUUCCCUUGUUACUCCGUGGUUAUGGACUGAUACCACUACCUCUAUUUUUUUGUGGACCGGCUACUCAGGCCAUAUGUCCUACAUAUGCCCAACAGAUCAUUCCAUUCUCGUUCUGAACCAAGACCAAUUUUUUGCGCAAAAAUUUUCCAAAGUGAACAAAUUGUAUCAUUCCAACAACGCAAAAGCAAGUCGGUCGUGCGCUGUGCGUUUUUAAACUUAAGAUCACCUAGUGCUGUACAUACAAUAACUUGACUCAAGCAGAUUUUAAAAGUGUAAUCAUGGCAGAGGAAGAACAACGUAUCAAAAGUCAAGAGGAGGAAGUAAAGUACGAUCUGGAAUACCACACGGACGAUUCUUUAAGCUUGCGCAAUACGAGGAUGGUAAACAACAAGCUGCUGUCGGAUGUAACAUUCAUUGUAGGGCCAGAAAAGCAACGAAUCUACGCACACAAGAUGCCUUUGGUGACGGUGUCAGAAUAUUUUUACAGAUUGUUUUAUGGGAAUUUUGUUGAAGCAAAACUCGACGAGAUCGAACUGAAGGAUGAGGAUCCAGAAAUAUUUCUAACGAUGAUGCAUAUAGUUUACGGAGCUAAGGUGGAAAUCAAUGAUGAAAACAUUCGAGAUAUUUAUGACUAUACGAGAAUGUACCUUUUGCCAAAGGAGUAUUACAAGCCACUGAUAAAAUUUUUAACUGAUCAGAUAUUCGAACAGGAUUCAGCUUGGCAUAUUUUCCAGGAAAAUCAUUACUACAAAUUUGAGUCCGUGGAUGCAUUAUGCUUACCAUACAUUCAAUGCAAUCCGCUUUACUACUUCAAACAAUAUGAGGUAGCCGGUAUUGAAAACGAAAGAAAGGUUAAGAUUGCUAGCUUACAACAAAUCAAUUGCACAGAUGAGCAUCUGAUUUCUGCACUUACAGGAAGGCCGUGUAGCGAAACUGACAAAAAGAAAUUGAGUAACCUUAUAAAUGAGACAAAGCGCAAAUUCUUUUCGCAUAAACUAAUGGUUUUGAAUCAUGUUUUAAAUGUAUCUACGCAGACACCCCAGAAUGGUACUACAUUUUCAUUGCAGCUCACAUCACUUAAAUCAGUAUCAUUGCAUGGGAUAGGCGUGUACCUACUACCGACCUACGGUGAUGUUGUAGUAAAACUCAAUUUGCGGCUUAAUGAUGCAUAUAAAGAAAUUAGCAAAUUAGCAUUUAAUAGAUGCAAUCCAUCUCUGGAGACAGUGAAUUUGAUGUUCGAAGAAAUUUUGUUAGAGAAAAACAAAAAAUUACAAUUUCAGUUAUCGGUACAAAACAGCAAUGGAUGCAUCACUGUUCAUAACAAUGAGGGUUUUCAAUUGAUUCACGAAAAUAUUAAAAUAACUUUGGCUACAGUCCCCUCUCAAACAGGGUAUAAUCACGCUAUUGCUCACUUGUGGGUCAAGUAUCCUGAAUGCGGUUUCGGGAAAAAUCAUGCACAUCCAUUGUGCUGCGAAAUAUAAAAAACGGUUUGCACUAGAUACGAUUUACAUAGGUAUAUGUUAAAAAUGUAUUUACUUCAAUGUGUAAUGGGCUUAAGAUGGUGUUAAUUCUAGUUUGCGAACAUUUGGCAAUGAAAGCCGAAACACGCGACAAUUUAUCAUGCAGAGUAACAAAGUUUCUCAAUCUUCGUUUAAAACACGCCAAAUUAGGUACGAAAAGAUUUACGAAGAACAACAUAACAGUAAAAGUUAAACAUGACACACUGUCCAUUGUGGCAUGAUAAUGGAAGCAGGAUUAUAUGGAUUGGAUGUUCAUAAAAAAGAAGAAAGUUUAUUUAAUGUGUAAUAAUUUAUUUUGUUCGUUACUUGCAAAUAAACUCCAAACCUGUGACAUACAGUAAAUAAAUCCGAGUCGAAUUGUA